AUGAUUCAGCGUCACGCCCACAAGAGGUCGCUCUCUUCCGAGCACCGGUCCCUAUCUCCUGACCGAACUGUCACCAAAGCAAAGUCCACCACCAAUCUCGCAGAUUUCGCUUCCAACGGCAAACCCAAAUCGAGAUUUGACGACAGCAGUUUCAGCACCUUGCAGGAUCCUCGAUUGGCGGACGGCUUGGAGGUUUCACCAUCGACGUCAUCGUCGCACCACCCCGAUUUGAGCAACGAAGUCGCAGCAUUGUCUGUAAAACUGAUUCAGGCUAUAAACAACCAAACAACUCUCGAUGAUAGUCUGGUGGCUACUCGCGAAGAACUAGACCUUGCACAAGGCAAGGUCCAAGCUCUUCAAUUCCAAAAUGAUAAAUAUCGACGAGACUUUGAUAACAAAGUUUACAUCAAGAAAUCCGAUUCUGACCGUGAAAUUCAAGAAUUACGCAAUGCGCUCACAGAGGAAAAAUCCCAGCGUGCUAUCGCUGAAAAGGGCAAAAAGACCAUGGAGCAAGAGCUGGAAACUCUAACUGCGGCACUUUUCGAAGAAGCCAAUAAGAUGGUAGCUGCGGCUAAGAUUGAACGCGAGGCGGUGGAGAAGAAGAAUGAACAAUUACGUUCACAAGUAAAAGACACAGAGUUGCUUCUGGCGUCACACCAGGACCAGCUAGCUGAACUUAAGUCUGUUAUGCAAGGGAUGUAUCUUCAUAAAGAUGAAGUCGAAGCCCGUUCAACUACCGCCCCACCAUCUCCAGGCGGACCCCAACAAGUGCCAGGUUCAGCCAAGCUAGAGCCAGAGCCAGAGCUAGAACCUGUUUCUCUACCAAUCUGCAACACAGAAGAGUUCACUCCAGGUCCUUCUUGUAACUUCCCGCAGAUCCUCCGCAUGAUCUGCCGGACGGAUUUGCAGGCUUAUGAGGAUUUCCGUGACCUGCUGGUACUCUCUCGCAGCUCUAAACCCCCAAGCCGUGCUACUAGUGGGUCAUAUGGAGGCCUCAAUGUGAUGGGAUUGGCAAGUUUUGCAAGUGGGGGAGCCUCAUCGGCAACUUCAUCACCCACCAAGGGGUUCGCACAAUCACCUAACGGUAGUAUGUCUUCAACAACGGGUUCACACAUUCCCUUAAAAGAAACCCGUUUCUACAAGCGGGUGCUGAUGGAAGACAUUGAGCCCACCCUCAGGCUGGACCUGGCGCCUGGGAUCUCAUGGUUGACCCGGCGUACUGUCCUAAGUGGCAUCUGCGAAGGCAGUCUAGUUGUGGAGCCAAUGCCCUCUGCAUCCAAGAAAUUUGAAUUCCCCUGCUCGGUUUGUGGAGAACGCAGACCUGGCACACCGAACGAGAGAACCCACCGUUUCCGCACGUCGGAUAGCGAGACAGCCCAGCGCUAUUCACUCUGUAUCCUCUGCUUGGAACGCGUGCGCUCGUGUUGCGAGUUUACUGGAUAUUUGCGUCUUAUCCUUGACGGACAUCUUCGCGCAGGUGACACUGACGAAGAGAAGGAAAUCUGGGACGAGACCAUUCGCCUCAGAGAGCGGAUGUUCUGGUCCAGGAUUGGCGGCGGUAUCGUUCCGGUGCUUAAUCGUUCAAAUAAAACAGAGGCGAAGUCGGAAGCCCCAGACUCCAGUUUCGACGCUGUUGAAGACUAUGAUGAGCAGUAUCUCCAUCCUGUGGAUGUCACUCACAUCGACUCCAAGAUCGACAGAGUGUCUCCCGUAGCGAAGCUCCCACUUGCUCCUGAAACACCAGUUGCGCAGUCUGCAAAUGAUCACAUAAACCACCCCGACAUCCCUCGGCCUCAGAGCUCCAUUUAUGACAGAGACGGGGACGACGCUGCUUCCCUUCCGGAUGAUGAACGCAGACGAAUGUCUGCCGAAUCAGAGCGCAGCGUAUACGAAGAAGCCAACGCCGAUGUGGAUCUCCACAUCAAUCUCAACAAUACGGAACACGCCUCCGCCGUGCCCUCGAUCACUCAUGACCAAGAGCCUGACACAGACAUUGCAAAGUCUAGUCCGAGCCACACUUAG